AUAAUUGGAUUAAGUGAGCUAUAUGCUGAAUUCUGUAAGCAUCAUAAUCUUUUCACAGUGAUAAACAAUCACAACACAUUUAAUGAAAAUUUCAUUAACGGAUUUAUUUACGUUUAAUUUUCUUAUUUUCGAAAUUUUUAAUUGCGUAUUGUAUACUAUAUUACACUUAAAAGCAUGGAUGAAGAAGAUUCAAAUAUCUCUAUAAAAAUGGAGAGUGAUUUGAACUGCUUCGACUUCAUCCGUGUAAAAAACGUUUAUUCAGUAAGUUAUCCAACAAGCUCCAAAAGUUCUUAUGAAAAUUCAUCUGCUGAUAGUGAAUCAGGCAAUAGCAAUGACCACAUUGUACACCAACAAAUUGAUCACGCAACUGUUUUGGAUGAAAUGAACUCUAAUGAUGACGAUUUAAACAUGGAGCGUAUCUUGACACCAAUUCAAAGCAUUUCUAGAAAUAAUACUAAAUCUUAUGACCUUGCUGAUAAAAGCAUGUCACGUUUCACAAAUUUUGUAGAAAGUUCUGGACAUAUCGUUAAAAUACGAAAUGCUGAAACUACAGAUAGUGGAAAAGAAUGUUAUGUUUGUGAUGUAUGUAGAAAGCAAUUUACUUCUAAGAGUAGUUUAAGUGUUCAUUAUGGAUGCCAUCCUCAAACUAGUAUUCAUAAAUGUUCAAUAUGUGAUGAAACUUUCGUCCAAGCAGCAGAUUUUGCAGAUCAUUAUGCUCAACAUUGCAUACAAGAAGAAUAUGAUUGCAUCACAUGCGAUGAAACAUUUACUGAAAAAUCAGAAUUUGAUGCACAUACACAAAUUCAUAUAAGUGAAACAAAAGAGUUGGAAUGUAAUAUGUGUCAUUCAGUGUUUAAAACAAAAUGUGAAUUAGCUGAACAUAAUAAACAGCAUACUGUGAAACCUUAUCAGUGUGCAAUUUGUGAUAAAACAUUUAGGCUAAAAAGCAGCUUAAAUCGACAUGUUUUAGUGCACGGAGAUAAGAAACCUUUUCAGUGUGAGAUUUGUCAUAAAGGAUUCACACAAAAAAUUACACUCAAUAAACAUUAUCUAAGUCAUGAAAAAAUUAAACCGUAUAAUUGUGAAAUAUGCCCAAGAUCAUUCACCUCUAAGCCUAGUUUAGAAUUACAUUAUGUGAAUCAUACAGGAGAGAAGCCAUUUAUAUGCCUUAUUUGUGAUCGGGGUUUCACGAGCAAAAGAAAUUUGAAACGGCAUGGUUUGGAGCAUAUGCCAGGCCAACAAAGUGCUUGUGACAUAUGCGGUAAAGUUUUCAACACAAAGACCAAGCUCAACCUUCACACAUUAGUGCAUACAAAUGACCGUCCUUUUAAAUGCAAAAUUUGUAAUCGGGGAUUUACAUACAGCAGCCACUUAAAGCGACAUCUUAUGUGGCACAAUAAUGAGCGUCCUUUUGUGUGUGAGAUUUGUGGUGAUGAUUUUCCUUCUAGGUUUCGUCUCAAAGGUCAUCUAGAAAAGCAUAAAGCGAGGUUAAAUCGUGAGCCUCUUGAUAGAGAGAAUUUCAUUGAUGUAGCAAAUGUUGUUGACAUUGUGGACAAUUACGUGGUUGUUGAAGCGCCUGAAGGGGAUAAUAUAGAAUUAAUAUUAGAUGGCGAUGUGGAAGUGAUAUAUACCGAUAAUGUGGAAUAAUAAAAUGAUAAAUGUGUAGCAAA